AUCUUUCCACAGCCGGGCACGCGCCUUCCCUAUCCGAACGCACGCGCUUCGAGUCUUCCCGCAACAUCCUCGAGAAGUUAGUCACGAGAGACCCGAGGGGAGCGACCGUUGAUCAAGGCGCGACAAAUAUCCACCUUAACACCGUGAGCAGUGUCCACUGGCCUGCUGGUGUUCUAUGGUUUGUUUAAUCGGUUUUAUCGAAACAGUUUUGGUUGGCUAAGCUGUAAAACACACCCCUCCCCGUGAGGAGUAGACUGAGCUCAGACAGGAGUUUGGUCAUCAGCAUCCGCUCUGCAAUUUUACGGUGUGCUAGCUACCUAUCCGCCUCCAGCCUUAUGGAUUUUACUCUACCGUAGUUUUUUUUAAACGACAUAUUUGAAUAGUUGAUGCUUGUUUGACUAGGAGGUGGUAUUUUUGAUUAGACGGGUGUGGUAAAUACAAAGGAUCACACAUGUAGCCGUUGUGAAGCUAGCUGAGGAAGUGGACUGUUACUUUUCCAUCCCUGUAUGGUGGAAGGAGUCGCUCGCCUUGAUGAUUCACUGUUAUGGAGACGCGAAAUGCCACAUAAAGACUGAUCUCUGUCACUUCCAGAGAGACUAAUAUCUUCGCCAUCAUUCACAGGGUUGCUUGGAGCUGUCUGCAACUGUAUCGUUAAAUGAUUUAUCUGCGGAUCGAUCAUCCACAGCUAGCCCAUUAGCCAACUCCCCAAGUGAUUCGUUUAGUACAGUAUUAACAGUUUAUGUCGUGUCAGUCAUUUUGUUUUUACCGAUAGUCAUUUAGAUUGCGUUUAGAAAAUGUCCUUUUUCAAUUUUCGGAAGAUAUUUAAGCUGGGCACGGAGAAAAAGAAGAAACAGUAUGAGCACGUUCACAGAGAUGUCAACCCAGAGGAGGUUUGGGAGAUCGUGGGAGAACUUGGGGAUGGAGCCUUUGGGAAAGUCUACAAGGCUCAGAACAAACAGACUGGGAUCCUGGCUGCAGCUAAAGUGAUCGAUACCAAAACAGAAGAGGAGCUGGAGGACUACAUGGUGGAGAUCGACAUCCUCGCCUCCUGUGACCAUCAGUACAUAGUCAAACUGCUGGAUGCUUUCUAUUAUGAGAGCAAACUAUGGAUUCUCAUUGAGUUUUGUGCUGGAGGAGCGGUAGACGCUGUGAUGUUGGAGUUGGAGCGAUCAUUGACAGAGCCUCAGAUCCGGGUUGUGUGUAAACAGACGCUGGAGGCGCUGACUUACCUCCAUGAGAAUAAGAUUAUACACCGGGACCUGAAGGCUGGAAAUAUUCUUUUUACCUCAGAUGGAGAUGUGAAAUUGGCUGACUUUGGAGUGUCUGCGAAGAAUACAAAGACCCUUCAGAGAAGAGACUCUUUCAUUGGAACACCAUACUGGAUGGCACCCGAGGUGGUGAUGUGUGAGACGUCGAAGGACAGACCGUACGACUACAAAGCAGACAUCUGGUCCCUGGGGGUGACUCUGAUCGAGCUGGCACAGAUCGAGCCGCCCAACCACGAGAUGAACCCAAUGAGAGUCCUGCUAAAAAUAGCAAAGUCUGAGCCCCCCACACUCGCAACUCCAUCACGAUGGUCUCCUGAGUUCAGUGAUUUUCUGCGGAAAGCACUGGAUAAAAAUGUAGACAACAGGUGGAAUGCAUUGCAGCUCUUACAGCAUCCAUUUGUUUCAAAUGUGAUGGAUAACAAACCACUGCGAGAGCUGAUUGCUGAGGCUAAAGCCGAAGUGUUUGAGGAGUUUGACGAAGGAAAGGAGGAAGAGGAGGAAGAAGAGCCAGAGUCCCAGCCGGUGGUGCCUGGACACAAACGUGCAUUAUCGGACACCAGCUUUGGCAGCUCGGAGGAUGAGAGGCAGUGUCAGAACACGCCAGCUCUUGAGUCGGUCACGGAGAAGGCUGAACCUGAAAGAAAACCCAGUUCAGACGAUCAAGCUAGUGAUAAGACCUCCGACAUGGUGGUGGACGCCAGCGAACCCAACCAUGCUGAGGAUGAGAAGAUGAAUGAGGCCAGUCCAUCAGACACAAGCACUGAGGAAUCACGUUCAGGUCAGGAGGCCAUACCAAAACACGACAAAUCUCACACACCUGUGACCACAGAAGUAGAGAUUUCUGGUCAGCCAAACCCUCCAGUAUCAGACGACACUGUCCUCCAAGAGAUUGUAACCGUCAGUGAGGAAACUGGGGAGGAAGAAAAGAAGGAAGUGAAGGUUGAAGAGCCACCAGAGAAGAAAAAAGAAGAGUGUAAAGAAACACAGCAGGAAGCCAAAACACAAACCACCACAGAUGAAGAAGAGGAACCUACCCAGCCUUCAGAUAUAGCUGAACCAGAGAACAGAUCUGAUGGUGUUACUGAAGAAGCCAUCACUGAACCAAUUGAGGUUACAGAAAAAACUGAAGACAAAAUUGAGACAGAGGAAGAAAUGAAUAAAAAGGAACUAGUGGAAGAUGAGAGCACAGUACCCUCACCACAUGUCCCAGCAGAAGAGUUAAAGGAGGAGCAAACUGAAACUUCACCAGAUGUUUCUACAAAAGAGGUAAAGGAGGAGCUUCCUCCAGUGGCAACAGAGGACCAAGAAAAAGCUGGAGAUGAGGGGGAGAGUUCCGAACCCAAAGACGAUCUUGCAGCCAAGGGGGUAGAUGUAGUAGAGGACAACUCCGUGAAUGAAUUCCCUGUUGUUGUCAUCAAUGGUGUAAAAGAAGAGGAGGUCAUUGCAACAGAGGAACCUCAAGAAGCCCAUGAAGACAAACCAGAGAUCCAGAAAACACCUACCGUGCCUGAGAGUGACCAGAAUUCAGAGGUGGUGAAACCUGAUGUUGAAAAGGAGAAAGAUUCUGACUCAGGCAGCAGUUCUGCUGCAGAUACUAACAGCAUUGACAUUAAUCUGUCAAUCUCCAGCUUCCUCUCCAAAAGCAAAGAAGGAUCUGUUUCAAUACAGGACACCAGGCGCCAAAAGAAAACUCUGAAAAAGACCCGCAAGUUUAUGGUCGACGGGGUGGAAGUCAGUGUCACCACAUCCAAGAUUGUCACCGACAAUGACACCAAGAGUGAGGAACUGAGAUUUUUGAGGCGUCAGGAGCUAAGAGAACUGAGGCUGCUGCAAAAAGAGGAGCAAAGAGCUCAACAGCAGCUCAGCAAUAAACUGCAGCAGCAGAAAGAGCAGCUCUUCAGACGCUUCGAGCAGGAAAUGGCAGGAAAGAAACGUCAGUAUGACCAAGAGGUGGAGAACCUUGAGAAACAGCAGAAACAGACCAUAGAGCGUCUGGAGCAGGACCACACCAACCGGCUGAGAGAUGAGGCCAAGAGGAUCAAAGCAGAGCAGGACAAGGAGCUCUCUAAGUUCCAGAACAUGCUGAAGAACCGCAAAAAAGAGGUCAAACAAGAGGUCGGAAUGUCCCCUAAACACAUAAGAAAAGAGCUCAUGAAACGCUUGAAGGAAGACCUAGCAGUCAUUCAACAUGAAGAGGAGCAAGAGUUUCUCCAGAGGCAGCAGCAGGAGCUGGAUGGAGCUCUGAAGAAGAUCAUCCAGCAGCACAAACUAGAGAUCGCCACUAUAGAGAGAGACUGUCUCAACCACAAGCAGCAGCUCAUGAGAGCUCGGGAGGCAGCCAUGUGGGAGCUGGAGGAGCGCCACCUGCAGGAGAAACACCAGUUGCUGAAGCAGCAGCUGAAGGAUCAAUACUUCAUGCAGAGACAUCAGCUUCUCAAAAGACAUGACAAGGAGAUGGAGCAGAUGCAGGGUUAUAACCAGCGGCUGAUAGAGGAGAUGAAGAACAGGCAGGCACAGGAAAGAGCUCGGCUGCCCAAGAUCCAGCGCAGUGAAGCCAAGACCCGUAUGGCGAUGUUUAAAAAGAGCCUGCGGAUCACUGGCACAGGAACACCAGAGCAGGACAGAGAGAAGAUCAAACAGUUUGCUGCCCAAGAGGACAAGAGACAGAAGAAUGAGAGACUUCAUCAGCAUCAGAAACAUGAGAACCAGAUGAGAGACCUGCAGCUGCAGUGUGACUCCAACAUCAGAGAACUUCAACAGAUGCAGAAUGAGAAAUGCCACCUUCUGAUUGAGCAUGAGACUCAGAAGCUGAAGGAGCUGGAUGAGGAGCACAGUCAGGAGCUGAAAGACUGGAGGGAGAAGCUUCGGCCCAGGAAGAAGGUAUUCGGAUUUCAUUCCAUUCACGUUUCAUUCAUCCAAUUAAACCUGAUCCUUUCAAGUGCAUAUACAAUAGAAAAAACAAGCCUAAUAUAUAUAAAGCUGAAUUGUUACUCAAGUUUUCAGUGCUGCUUAAUAUUUUGUGGAAACUGGUACAUUUUUUUCAGAAUAGAUGUUCAAAAGAUCAGCAUUAACAGCAUUAAAAUAUUAAUAAACAUUUUGAGCAAAUAUUAGAAUUAGAUCACAGUAUUCUUGAAUGAUAAUACCUUCUCAUACAGUAUAUUUUGAGUAGGACUGUUCAUUGUAAGUACACAUACUGUAUGAUUGUCUCCUGCUCUCUCUUAGGCUCUGGAGGAAGAGUUCACACGUAAACUGCAGGAACAGGAAGUCUUCUUUAAGAUGAGCGGAGAGUCCGAAUGCCUCAAUCCCACC